AUGAGGUCAUUAGCAAUCCUUGCGGGCUCCCUGGUGGCUGCCUCGCAACUGUUUGGCUCCGGAUCUGCCCUCACGCCAGACCGCGUUCAUCUCGCUGCCCAUAAAGUUGUUCGUGAGGACAAGACUCCUACUCAGACACCUGUUGAGGACCCCAAAACCGAUGUCAUCACCUCCCAAGGGUGCUUCUCGUCGACGGGCAAUAUGACCUUACAGAAGAUGGACCCGACCUCGGUUUCGACCGGUAGCUGCCGGCUGGCGUGCGAAGAUGAUUUUCUAGCGUUCGGCGUGACGGGUCAGGAAUGCUAUUGCGGCAACGAGUAUCCAGAGGAAGAUGCCCUUUCAGCUGACAAGAAUUGCAACCAUCCUUGCCCAGCUUACCCCCUCGAGGUCUGUGGCGGUAUUAAGAAGCCUGGAUAUAUAUCGGUUUUCAACCUUGGCAAGCAGCUGAUCCUGGACAACUACACACCCGAGGACAAGAACAAGGACAAGAGCGAUGACAAGUCCAAGUCCACUUCCUCAACUACUGCUGCCGCCGCCUCCACGGCUACCUCAGGCCCCAAGGAGAGCGCAUCUCAAACCGAGGCACCCCAAAAGGAAAAUAAGGACGACGGCGGCCCUAGCGUUGCUGGCAUUGUGGCCGGCUCCGUCGUUGGAGUCCUUGCUAUUGCUGGUGGAGCUUUGGGCGUGUGGUUCUUCAUGCGGCGCAGACGCAACACUGAGAUUGAAGAAGAGCAUCGUCGUAAUGCAGCCGUCAAUGCCUUCAUCAGUGGCUCCAAGCCCCCUGGUAGCAGCGGAAGCAUUUCCAUGACUGAUUCACGCCUGGAGCCUGGCUUGGCUCACCGUCGACUCAGUGAUGGCAGCAUUGCCGACAACGAAGACUAUUCCCGCAAAAUCCUCAGGGUUACCAACGCGUGA